AUGGCAGCCCCCAGGCCGCUGUCCCGCUUCUGGGAGUGGGGAAAGAACAUCGUGUGCGUGGGCAGGAACUACGCGGAGCACGCCAGGGAGAUGCAGAGCGCCGUGCCGAGCGAGCCGGUGCUCUUCCUGAAGCCGUCCACCGCCUACGCCCCCGAGGGCUCGGCCAUCCUCAUGCCGGCCUACAGCCGCAACCUGCACCACGAGCUCGAGCUGGGCGUGGUAAUGGGCAGGCGCGGCCGCGCGGUGCCCGAGGCCGCGGCCAUGGACUACGUGGCCGGCUAUGCCCUGUGCCUGGACAUGACCGCCAGAGACGUGCAGGACGAGUGCAAGAAGAAGGGGCUGCCCUGGACCCUCGCCAAGAGCUUCACGGCGUCCUGCCCCGUCAGCGCGUUCGUGCCCAAAGAGAAGAUCCCCGACCCUCACAACCUGAAGCUCUGGCUCAAGGUCAACGGCGAACUAAGGCAGGAGGGUGACACGUCCUCCAUGAUCUUUUCCAUCCCCUACAUUAUCAGCUACGUUUCUAAGAUAAUGACCUUGGAAGAAGGAGAUAUUAUCUUGACCGGGACGCCAAAGGGAGUCGGACCCGUUAAAGAAAACGAUGAGAUCCAGGCCGGCAUACACGGGGUCGUCAGUAUGACAUUUAAGGUCGAAAGGCCAGAGUACUGA